AUGAAUUCGAGCACUCCUUGGGUCGAAAAAUACCGGCCAAAAAUGUUGUCAGAAGUGGUCGGAAAUGAAUUUGUUAUUCAACGUUUGGCUGCCUUUGCAAAGCAAGGAAACACACCAAAUAUUAUUAUUUCGGGACCGCCAGGAUGUGGCAAGACAACGAGUAUGUGGGCAUUAGCACGGGAGAUGCUCGGUGAUCGUCUUAAAAAUGCAUGUUUGGAAUUGAAUGCUUCCGAUGACAGGGGGAUAGACGUUGUACGAAAUAAAAUCAAAACUUUUGCACAAAGUAAGGUUACGUUGCCACCGGGAAGACAUAAAAUAAUUAUACUAGAUGAAGUGGAUUCAAUGACAGAGGGGGCGCAACAAGCGCUCCGAAGAACAAUGGAGAUAUAUAGUAAAACGACUCGCUUUACACUGGCGUGUAAUCAGUCUGGGAAAGUCAUAGAACCGAUUCAAUCUCGUUGUGCUAUUUUGCGUUUUUCGAAACUUUCUGAAGAACAAAUCGUGAAAAGAUUGUUGCAAAUAUGUGAAGCAGAAAAGGUAACAUACGAUGAUAGUGGGAUUGACGCUUUAGUUUUUACUGCUCAAGGAGAUAUGCGGCAGGCUCUUAACAACCUGCAAUGUACAGUAGUUGGCUUCAACAAUGUCACGGCUGAUAAUGUUUUCAGGGUAUGUGACGAGCCACAUCCGCAAAUGGUAAUGCAAAUAAUCGAGCAUUGUGUUCAUGGGAAAGUUAUCGAAGCUGGUGAAAUUGUGCAUAGUCUCUAUCGGAUGGGUUAUUCAGCAGAAGAUAUCCUUAACAACAUGGUUCGCGUGUGUAAAACACUCAGUAUUCCUGAAUAUCUAAAACUGGAAUACGUGAAGGAAAUUGGUUUGUGUCAUGUACGAAUUGUGGAAGGAGUUAGCUCACUACUUCAGUUAUCUGCACUGGUUGCUCGAAUGUGUCUUAAACAAAGUCAGUGA